AAACAAACGAGCUUCUAGUCCGUUAUCAUCACAGACCUUGUAAAGUAACUUGUAUUAUUUAGUUGUAAGUUUGUAACACGGAAGACCGUGACUAUACAAUAUAAUAAUAUUUAUAGUUACUUUAUAGUUUGUAGCCUUUGUCUCUUACAUUUCUUUAAAGCGUAGAAUAUUUUCAAUCUAUGGCGGUGGCUGUGGUGUAUUGGAGUGGCUAAAUCGACGGGAAUGGUGUCUUCAUUUUCAAGAUGUAUUAAAAUUGUAUAGAAAAAAAAUGUUUAUAAAUGAGUAAAAUUUGUAUCAAUUAAUUUAUAAAAUGGAUAAUUUACCAGAAAUAAAUGAAGAAAAUGCAAAAACUUCAGUAAAAGAUGAAACAUUAUUGCGAUUUGAACCAUUGUCAUCUUGUCUUGAUCCUAAUUUUUGGUUCAAAGUCUGUCAAUUAAAAUUAGAAGUUGAUAAACUAGAUGAAGUCCAUAGACCGUUGGUUGGAUAUUAUACUUCAAAUAAUAAUCCAUAUAUAUCACUUGACUGUUCUUCCUUUAACCAAGAAGUUAAUGAUGAAACAUCUUUUAAAUGUAUUGCUCGUGGCUACUGUUUAAAUAAAAACACAAUAGAUUCAUUUAAAACAUGUGAUAAAAAUGAGUUGUUAAAAGGAUUUGGUGAACGGUUAUUAGAUGAUUUCCAAUCUGGUAGAGCUAUUGAAGACCCAUCCAUAAUUCCAACUUUUGAUGUAUUAAUGUUUACGGAUUUAAAACGAUAUAUUUUUUACUAUUGGUUUGCUUUUCCAUCAUUUUCCGGGCCAAAGUAUUGUCUAAAUGAUGCUCCUACUUCGCUUAAAAACAUAUUUUCUCCUACACAGUUUGAUUUAUUGGCUUUUGGAUUUAAAAAUCUAAAAAUUGACCAAAGAGGAUUUUUUGGAAUUGCACCCACAAAAGAAGGAAACCUUACUGUUAUGACUCUAAAAGAAUACAUAGAUUUACUCAAAAAUAAUACAGAAAAUGAUUCAGUAGGUUAUUUAGUGUUUGCUGAUCCAUCUGAUUUAUUAAAUAAUCCUGGAUGGCCAUUACGAAAUCUUCUGUAUUUAAUUUUAUUUCACUGUCCCUCUAUAAGAACUUCAGUGUUAAGAGUAAUAGCAUUACGAGGUUCUCCUACUACUAAAUUUUCAGCCAGCGUAUUAUUUAAUAUAAAACUAUCUUCUGAAAUGGUGAUUAAUCAAGAUGCUAUUAAAUUUGUGGGUUGGGAAAAAAAUUCUAAAGGAAUUUUCUGUCCCAAAUAUGUAGACCUAAGUAAAACCAUGGAUUCUACAAAACAAGCAAAAGCAUCUGUAGAUUUAAAUCUUAAGUUAAUGAAAUGGCGCAUUGCUCCUGAUUUAAACUUAGAUAUUGUUGCUCAAUCAAAAUGUUUAAUUAUUGGAGCUGGCACACUUGGUUGUUGUGUGGCUAGAAAUUUAAUGGCAUGGGGUGUUCAUAACAUAACAUUUAUUGAUAAUGGGAAAGUAUCAUAUUCAAAUCCAGUAAGGCAGUCAUUAUACAGGCAUUCUCAUUGUAUCAAUUCAAAUACUUACAAAGCGAUAGCUGCUGCUGAUGUAUUACGUGAAAUACAUCCAGAAAUUAAUAGUACUGGUAUAGUCAUGAGUAUUCCAAUGCCUGGCCACACAGCAAACAUUGAUGAUCAUAAAAAUGUAGAUUUAUUAUCCAAAUUAAUAGAAGAUAAUGAUGUUAUAUUUUUGUUAACUGAUUCUCGAGAAAGUCGUUGGUUACCUACCAUGUUAUCUACAUUGCACAAUAAGCUUGCCAUAACUGCGGCAUUAGGAUUUGAAUCAUAUUUAGUACUCAGACAUGGAGUUGAAGUACAAGAUGUUUCUUCUGUAGAAAAAAAAUUAGGCUGCUAUUUUUGUAAUGAUGUCACAGCACCUGGAAAUUCACUUGUAGAUAAGACACUUGACCAGCAAUGCACAGUUACCAGACCUGGUGUUUCCAACAUAGCAGGAGCUUUGGCUGUUGAGUUAUUUGUAUCGUACAUUCAAUUGAAGUAUAAUGUGUUGGCAAAUGCUAAAUGUUGUUUGGGGAUUGUACCACACUCCAUUAGAGGAUUUAUAUCUGAUUUUCAGCAGAUAAUACCAUUUACUUCAAGUUUUUUUCAAUGCAUUGCAUGUUCACCAACAGUCAUUAAUGACUUUUUGAAUAAAAAAGAAGAGUUUUUAAGCAAUGUAUUUACAAAUCCCAACUAUUUAGAAGAUUUAACUGGACUAACAAGUCUUAAAAAUGAAUUUGAAAACAUCCAAAUUUUUGAAAUGAAUGAUUCCGAUGUUGAAGAUUCUGGAACUUAUAGUGAACGGGUGUGAUAUUUUUUUAAAUUUAUAAACUUAUUUCGUUAUUUUGAUUAUUUAUUCAAGAAUUUAUAUUUUUAAUUUAAGAAAGUAAAAAAAAAAGUUAUUGUAAUUUUUCAAAAUUAAAUUGUA